AGGUCGUUUUAGCAAAACGGAAAAGGCGGCUGCACGUUUGCUGCAGUACGAAGUAAAGGCAAGUCAAGAGAGCGAGCUUUCCGGGUGUGAAUAACUCGUGAGAAACGUAUUAGCUGGGAAACAGUUUCAACCGGCGUCGGCUUCGAGGACCAGAGACGCCGAGACGCGUCGCGCUGCUCAUCGGCUCACGGCAUGUCGCCACCAGGUGCUCGGAUGUACUGGAGCUAACAGAGCUAACGGAGCUAGCUCACCGAACUGGCAUUCGCUUUGAUUCUGGAGGGGAAACUCAAACAACAAGAUGGCCGUGUCGGUGCGAGGCCUGUACUUUGUGGUGACCCUGUUUCUGGCGAGUUUCUUUGGAAGCAUCUUCAUGCUGGGCCCCGUGUUGCCUCUCAUGCUGCUGUCUCCCGCUUGGUACCGCUGGAUCACCGACCGCAUCGUCGCCACCUGGCUCACCCUCCCUGUGUCGUUGCUGGAGCUGGUGUUCGGGGUGAAGGUGGUGAUCACGGGUGACGGCUUCAUCCCGGGUGAGCGAAGUGUGAUCAUCAUGAACCACCGCACCCGACUGGACUGGAUGUUCCUCUGGUGUUGUCUGCUCAGGUACAGCUACCUUCGUCUGGAGAAGAUCUGCCUCAAGGCUGCCCUGAAGGCCGUGCCUGGCUUUGGCUGGGCGAUGCAGAUGGCCUGCUUCGUCUUCAUCCAGCGUCGUUGGGAGGACGACAAGACGCACAUGGCCAACAUGCUGGACUACUUCUGCGACAUCCGAGAGCCCGUGCAGCUGCUGAUGUUCCCGGAGGGCACGGACCUCACGGAAUAUACAAAAACAAAGAGUGAUGAGUUCGCUGCCCAGAACAACCUGCCAAAAUUCGAGUAUGUGCUGCAUCCGCGCAGCACUGGAUUCACCUUCAUCGUGGACAGACUACGAAAAGGAGAUAACCUGGAUGCCGUCCAUGAUAUUACAGUGGCAUACCCCAAGAACAUCCCUCAGACGGAACGCCACCUCAUCCUGGGACACUUCCCCCGCGAGAUCCACUUCCACGUCCGCCGCUUCCCCGUGGCGUCCCUGCCCGCGUCCUCCGACCUGGAGUCCUGGUGUCGAGAGCGCUGGGUCGAGAAAGAAAGCCGACUGCGGGACUUCUACUCGGGCCGGCGCCGGGGCUUCGACGGGGACGGCGUCGUCCUCGUGCCGCCCUGUAAGACGGAGCUGCGCGUGUCUCUGAUCAAAGCCGCCUCGCUGCUGUACUGGAGCAGCUUCAUCGCCCUGUGCUUCACCGGCCUGUGGCUGUGGGCUCCGGUCAGGCUCUACUUCCUGGUCAUGGUGGGAGUCUUCGUGGGCCAGCAGAAGCUGAUCGGCGGGUUGGAGCUGCUGGAGUUGGCCUGCCAUCGAUACUGGAAGGCCGCGGCGGCCUCCGUGGAGAAGAAGAGGAAGGCGCGAGACGGGAAGAUGCAGUGAGGGCGGAAGACGAGGUCGACUGGACGACGCGCUCGUCUUCGCGGUCAGUCCAGAGGGCGAGAGGAUCCUUCUGGGGGACUCGAUGCUCCACGCCUUAGAACAGGGAGGAAUGAUUUAACUUCCUCGCGGUACGCAUCGCUUCACUUUCCGUCCAAGAAGAAUAAGAGGAAUGUUAUUUAGAUUUAUCUUUGUUGGAUCCAAGGAAUUCAUCCACAUACAGUGUCGACUGCUCUCUGCAGCGCUGCUCCGAUGGACUCCGUGGUUCAGCUUCCUCCUGGUGCUUUUUAUUAGUUCAUGUCGGUGUUUUAGUCAUUGGUUCAGAACCUCUGUGGACGUGUCAUGAGACAACGCUCUUAGUAUUUGUUCUGCUGUUGCCAUGUCUUUGAUAUCCGUUUUAUUAGAUGCGAUGUUGCCCUUGGUUUUAUAUCCGUGUCAUUCAUUCUGGAGCAGAGCCAUAGCGAAGACCUCCUGCCCAUGUGAUCACUCCUACCAAGAUUCAGUUAGCAGGAUCAGACUGACGGGGCGAGGAGAAGAAUCGGCUUCAGUUCGUCUCACGAGGAAAGAAAAGGUUUCAUGUAAUUGCCAGAUAAUUACAAAGGAAUAUACAGGUAUACAUGUAUCCCAUUGUUUACCCGUCUUGGGUCUAAUUACCCUUUUCUAAAAAUUGGGGACUGAAGCUUUCCCUGUUGGUCAUCAUAGAUAACGUGUGUGAUGAUGUUUAUAACUGUCUUGAAACGUAAACUAUGUUGUCGUUGUUUGCUCAAGUAGCUUUUGCACAUAAAGCCAAAGGUGAGAAAAGCAGACGUGGUUUAAAAAGAAGAAGAAAUCAAACCGAAUGUAGAGUCUGUUGAUAGGAACGGGGACGCGAGGUUAGCCGCCGCGAAGUUAGCCACCGCGCCGCCAGUUAGCCACCGCGUCGUGAAGUUAGCCACCGCGUCGUGAAGUUAGCCACCGCGCCGCCAGGAUGAAGGGAGCCUUUGGAGGCGCGAUGUGGGGGAACGUCCUGCUGGGACAACAUCGCCCUCCGUGCGCCGCUGGCACAGAGGACCAGACUUGGAGUGGAAAACUGGCCACGAACUCCACCGAAUCCCAAGAAGUCCCCGUCAUGCCACCUCCGCCCGAGUCCCUCCUGGCGUCGCUGCGCCCGCUCAACUCGAUUAGCAGCUGACAGCUGAGAGGCUUCUCCAACUGUGCCAAAAAAGGAGCGAUAUAAUGAGGCAAGAUCGGAGCGGCGCUCAGAACCGCCGCCGCGCCGCUCGGUACCGGCUGAAACCACAGAGUAAACGGGAACUCUGGGAGUCUGGAAACAUUCCCGUCCCAGACGGCACGUUCUGUCCCACCGAGCUCCACGGUCACCUCCACCCCGAUGUGCGAGACGCUUUGACCGAGGCGCGUUGUUGUUGUUUACGUGAAUCUGAAGCUCCUGUCGUUCCCGUGCGAAGAGGCUGUUUCCAGUCGCUGUGAUCCAGCUGCGUACCGUCGGCAUGUGGUCGUUUACCAGACGUGGAACUCCGUCCUCGUGCACCGGCCUCCACCUGCUGCUCACCUGUCACCUGCGCGCUUCUCUGUGGCUCAUUUUACAAUCACUCGUUGAUGCUGAACCUCUUCGUCACUGUCCUCAGGUAAACAAGAGUCGGUCUCUUACAGGAGGAAACAAAUCAUUUAGAUAUAUAUGAAUAUAUAUGUAUAUAUAUAUAUCAAUAAAUAUACGUACUAUCAACUCA